CAGGAACUGCGACCAGUUCAAAUACCUGCGAUUGACCAAAGUCGCGAUAACAACGCUCAUCGCUCUUAAAUCUGCACGAGUGUGUGUGUGUGUGUGCGGGUGUGUGAAUGAAAAACUUGCAACUGUGAAAAUAUAACCAAAAAUAAAGGUAAAUCUGUCUAGAGUACGUUGACUCCCCGCCAGCGACAGUGAUAUAGCCCAUCAACAGCUGGAAAGUUGCAGCACCAGCACUAGGAGCAGCAGCGGCGACUCAGGUGGCCAUGGCGGACACGGCGACAGCAGCUACAACUGCGACGGCCUCCAAGAAAAAGUAUCGAAAUAAGAAGAAGACACAACAGCCACAGAAGCCGGAGGCAAAGCCAGCACAAGGACCAGCAAGAGUCAAGGCUGUUGUACACCAGUCCAAUGGGCAUGACGACUCUGCGAAUGAAAUGGCCGCAAUCAAUAGCCUCAUGGAGCAGGUGCAGCUGUUUAAUGGCCAUGCUGUAGACGGGCCAAAGGUGACAGCUGAAUCGUCCUCUGUGGCUGCCACGGUCAAUGGGCAUGCCAAUAAGAGCGCUGCCAUYAACAACAACAAUCACAUAAACAAUAACAACAACAGCAGCAACAAUAACAACGAUGUGAACAACAUCAACUCUAGCAGCCGCAACAGGAAAAACAAUGGCAGCAGUAGUAAAGCGAAAAACAACAACAAGUCCCAGGCAUCAAUAGAGGAUUCGGAAAGCGGAGAGCACGACACAUUAACAGCCGCGGUAGCCACAAGCAGCACAAGCGACACAAGCACUGCCAACACACAUACAACAACAGCAACUACAGCUAAGAUUGCCGCUGCGGACAGCACCCAAGAUGAGGCGCCCUCGACAUCGGCAGCUGCCGGAGCAGGCGCCACUACGGCACAGCCCCAAGAACAAGAAGAAGAACAACAACAAACACAGCUCCAGCUUAAACCUGCCAUUACAGCCGAUGAGAUAGUUUAUAAGGAAUACGAAGCCGAGCAUCAAAUGCACGAAAUAAUGCGUCUGAUACAGGCAGAGCUGUCCGAGCCAUAUUCGAUAUACACGUACCGCUACUUCAUCUACAAUUGGCCAAAACUAUGCUUCCUCGCCGCGCACGAUAAUCAAUAUGUGGGCGCCAUCGUAUGCAAGCUGGACAUGCAUAUGAAUGUGAGGCGCGGCUACAUUGCGAUGCUGGCGGUGCGCAAGGAGUAUCGCAAGCUUAAAAUUGGCACCACGCUCGUGACCAAAGCCAUUGAGGCUAUGCUAGCGGACAAUGCUGAUGAAGUGGUGCUAGAAACGGAGAUGCGUAACGAGCCAGCGCUGCGUCUGUAUGAGAACUUGGGCUUUGUGCGUGAUAAACGACUUUUUCGUUACUAUUUAAACGGCGUCGAUGCGCUGCGCCUGAAGCUCUGGUUUAGAUGAGCCGACGCGUCGUUCAAUGAUGCCGUUGAAAUUAUUGUCUAGUGGCCGCCAAGCGAGAGCUCUAAUUAGGUUGCCUUGUUUCGACUAUACAGUUAACACCCAAUGUUUCCUUGGGCUGGCUUCCAUACUGUCCACACGAACAGGACUCUGUUUUUUUUUUUUUUUUUUUUAACAGAUAUAUGUAUAUAUAUAUAUACCAAAAUAUAUAUGUAUGUGUAUAUGAAUAUGAUUAGGCGUUUGUUUGUCGUUUAAUUUUCUCUCACCGUGGCGCAUGACAAACAAUAUUUUGUACCUAUGAACUAGGAAUUACAGUUUUAAAUUUCUUUAAUUAAUGUAUGUAAAUUAUUUUAAAUAACUUUAGCGUAUGGCAAACAACCAACCACAUUAACUAAUACACAACAGCCGUAACAACAACA